GUUGCAAACCCCUCAAGUUCAAUCUCGGCAUCCUCAAACGCAAUACGACAAACUAUAGUAGGCCCCUCCUUUCUUCUACGGCUGAUGUUUUAAUAGAAAAUACUGAAACUGUCGAUAGCUGUUAUCUACCCUUGGACAAUCGCUCCUCUUAUAAUCAUACUUUGAAAACCCUCAGCACCAUGGCCUCCCGGGAGCUUCUCGUGGUGAUUCUAAACCAUACCAAUGAAGAACUCAACACCGAACUUGAAUGGCCAACUCUUGUCCACGGCCAAUUCAUAAAAGACGCAGACCUUCCACCACCGCAAACAAUACUCGCCGGUGAGAGCGGCAUAUUGCGCUGCAAAUCGAACCACUUGGGCGGAGGGGUCGAAGGUUCAAUUACGUACCGUAUCGUCGGAUUCGGACCAAGAAACGAAGUGACAUUUUCGUGGAGCGUGCCGUAUGUUGGUGUGAAUAAGUUUAGCGCUGCCUCUGCUAUCCCCAAUUUCAAGGUGCAAACUCUGGGUGGGCAUGGUAAUCAGGCUGUUGUGGUCUUUGUAUUUGAACCAAGACAAAAGACAGAUGGAGGGAUGGAAGAUGGUGGGGUGUUAGCUGCUGUUGCUAAGUAUCCUCUGGAGUGUGCUGAGGGUCCUUUGAAUGGUUUUAAUCACGAUUAGGUAUAUUUAAUAUCUUGUCUCAGUUGGAAAUUCACAUGUGAUGUGAUAAGAGGAUAUGUUAUUGGCUGAAUGAAUGCACUGUAUUUGUGGCGGCACACCACCAAUAUCUACCCAGUUCGGGUGGCUUGGACUGAUAGUCCAAUCUAUAGCUGACCACAAACUUUAUCGGAUUUUGAAAUGGUGCAUGGUACAAAGGCCACAUAACAGUGCGCAAUGCAAGCCUGCGAC